AUGAAGCGCUGGCUUCUAUUAUUUUGUGUAGCCAUAGCCUGUACUCUACUAUGGGCCAUACAUACGCUGAUGUUCGUGCAUGAGUAUGUCAAAGGGUAUCAGAAGGUGGUGGAGAGUCGGUAAGGAUAUUUUUUGAUUUAAGAUUUUUAUUUUGUUUUAAGAUUUUAAAAAUUUGAAAAAAUGACUGCACCGUGCAAUUUUUUUCAAUUUAAGGCUUGCACAGUGCAAAAAAAUGACAUUGUUAAUAAAUAUGGUUGAAAGAUAGUGUUAAAUUAAGAAAUAGACUAUCAGAAACCUUUAGAACUAAUAAUGAAAAAUGUUUUUUCUUUAAUUUUUUUUAAUUUCAAAAUUAAAAAAAAUGACUGCGCCGUGAAAUUUUAUAAAAUUUAAAACUUGCACAGUGCAGUAAAAUGCCAUUUUUAGUUCUAAAAUUUCAAAAAUUAGUUUUUGUAAUCAAAAUAAAGUUUUUAGUUAUAUCUUCAAUAUAACUUUGCACUAUGCAACAAAGUUAUGCACUGUGCAGAAAAAAGGCUGCACAGCGCAAAAAAAUAUUUUUUUAAAAUAAAUUUUAUAAAAUUUUUAUUUUUUUAAAAUUUCUAAUUAAUUUAGCUUUAAAAACGCAUUUUGCAACGUUAUUUUUUCUGGGGUUUUAUUAAAUAUGGCACUGAGAAAUAAAUUCGUUGCACUGUGCAAAAAAAGUAGUCUUAAGUAAAAAACAUUUAUGUGGUCAUAGGGCAGGGUAAAAAUUGAAAAAAUGUUCUGUAUUUACAUAAAGAGAAUGCAAAAAAAUAAUGAAAUUCUGAUAGGGCAAGGUAAAAAUUUUUUAAAAAAAGUUUGAGGGGUGUUUUUACUCUGGCCUACGUUAAUUCACUUUCCCCUACCCUAUCCUACCCUACCCUAACCUACUCUACCAUACCUAUUAAAAAUAUACCUAAACCUUCAUUUUCAGCCACUCAAUCGACCGCCAACCCCUCCCAUCACUGAUAAUUUGCAACAAAUUCCCCUUUCCCAAUCCAGUCUAGAUCGAUUUGGACCCUCCUUUAACCAACAAAUUGUGUUACAGUACCUCCGUUUAUGGCUAGAACACUCAUACGGCUCAGACCCAUCAACAGUACCACUAAACUCGAGUAGUGCCACCGCCGCCGAAGGCAUUAUCAGCCAAAGCUUGUUGGGCGACUCCUUCAAACAGCAUUUGGACAGCUUUCUCCUCCCAUGCCCCGAACUUUUGGACCAAUGUGUGGUGCAGGGGGCAGUGAUGAGUGGUGCUGAAUGUUGUGCGACGUUUGUCAAGCCUUAUUUGUCUACAUUGGAGGGGUUGUGUUAUGUUUUUGAGGCUGAGAAUGUGACACAGGAGAGUUUUCACGUGGAUCAAGGGGUGCGAUUGGACUUUAAAGUAAGGUUUUGAUGUGAAUAAAUUAUAUUUUCUAUAGUAAUAUGAUUUUAAAAUAAGUACCAGUACUAGUACUAUAUAGUACAAGAAAACAUUUUUAAGUUUAGGUAAUAAAAUGCAUUUUAAAAACAAAAAGUUUUGAAAAAUUUUGGAUUUUUUGUUGUUUUUGGGGAUAUUGACAACUUUAAUUUAAGCUUUUGAUGUGAAUAACCUAGAUUUGGUAUGGUAUUAUGGUUUUAGAAUCAGUAGCAGUAGUAGUGCUAGCUAGUACAAAUACAAAAUUUUAAGUUUAGGUAAUAAAAUGCACUUUAAAAGCAAAAAGUUUGGAAUUUUUUUUAAUUUUUGAGCGUUUUUUGAGGUUUUGACAACUUUAAAGCUCUGUAUCCCAAAUACCAAGCGCCAGAUCUAAAUUAAACUAGACACAAGACGUUACUGGUGUUAUUAGUAGUACUCAUUCGAAGUUGCAAGGUUUUUCAUAAACCCUACGUUUAAAAAUGACAUUUUUUCUCAUGUUUUGGUGAAUUCUUGAAAUUUUCUUAAAUUUUAAAUUUUUUUUCUUAAAAACUAUAUAUUAAUUUAAGCUUAAACUUUAUUUCUGGUUAGCUAGUGUCCUUGGGAAGCUGUAUAAAAAAUUUCAUGUUGUUAUAUGUAUUUAAAAACGUUUAAAGACAAAAAAUUUUCAGAUAAGUUCAUCAACAUUCAGUCCAGUAAAGCAUCCAGGCAUAAAAAUGUUUAUAAAAUCACCAAAAACGAGUUCUCUUCGACUGGCUACUGAGUUAGAGGAUCCCAUUGAGGUGUCUUCCGGCAAAGAUUUUAGUGUGAGGAUUCAGAAGGAGGUAAGUUUUUAAAAAAUAAAAUUUUAAAAAAUUUUGAAAUUGUUUAGCUGAAGGGGAAAAAUAAUAAAAAUACGAAAUUUUGUUGUAUUUUACAUUGAUUUCAUUUGUAUUUGCUUAAAUUUUAACGAGUUUUUAAUAAAAAGUUUUGAAUUUUUUAAAUCCCGCCAAAAUUAAUAUUCUUGGCAUUCUGCACUAAGGUACCUAAAAAUAAGAAAACGGCUUUUUAAAGGCGAUAGCCAGUUAUAUUUUUGCCGAAAGUUAAUUUUUUUCUACUAUAAAGUCAAAAAAAUUAUUAAAAUUUUGAAUUUUCAAAAUCCCGCCAAAAGUUUAAAGCGUUUUCAAAGUCAAAUAAAGUUAAAAAAGCUGAUCAAAAAUUUAUUUCUAUAGUGUAAAAAUGACGUUUUUUAUUUGAGAAUCAUUAGAAAUGUUUAAAACCUAUUUAAAACGUUAUGCCAAAAAGUGCGGGAAAUUAAAAAUUUGAAUUUUUUAGUUUCAAAUUUGCUCAAAAAUAACGUUUUUUUAAUAAAAAAUAGUUCAGAAAAAAUUUUUGACAUUUUCAGACUGUAUCCUACCUGGGUGGACAUUGUGGUGAGUCUUCAGAAGACGCUCAUAAUUCAGAUUCGACCAAAUCGACUAAGCCUUCGCUACCUCAAUGUCUAGUGGAAGAAUCAAUCAAAACGUGCAAAUGUGUACCGCUCAGCGUGGUACUAUGGGUUUAUCGUGGAGAUUUUAAUGGGUAAAGCUUUACUUUAAAGAUAUUGCAAAAAGUUUGCACCGUGAAGAAUUUUAUUGCACUGUGCAGAGGUUUGUUGCACUUUGCAGUUUUUUUAUUUCAUAGUGUCAUUUCUUAUUGUAUCUUGAACUUUUUUGGUUGAAAAUAACGUUUUAUAGUAAAGUUAUUAAUUUUUUUGUUGCCUAGAUUUUAAAAAUGGCAUUUUUGGAAUUUUAAGGUAUUUUAUUGCAUUGUGCAGUUUUUCUUUGCACUGUGCCGUUUCUUAUUGCACCAUGCAGCUUCGUAUUUUAGAAAGUACUUUUUGUUCUACUUAUGGCAUUUCUUUAUGUAAUGUGUAUACAGAAAUCACAUUUUUCGUUUGUCUGCUAUUUUAUUGCACUUUUAAAUUUUUGCAUUGCACCGUGCAAUAUUUUUUUUUUUGAUUUUAGACCUGAAAAAGUGAAAUUUUAAAAAUCAUUUUUAGUUUUAUAAAAUACAGUUAAAAAUGUAAUUUUCAGUCAACUGAUCAGUCAAUUAAAUGCCACUUCAAUUUGCACAGCUGGAGAAUAUGAUCGAUGUUCACGAGCGUUCAUGGAGGUCUCGCGACCUAAUUAUUGGACUACUGAUGUUAGUACGGCUAAAAAUAAAUUGGCCACGAGUUUGAGGACGUGUAAAAGGUAUAGAAUGACACUUUUUUUAGUUAUUUUUUAGUUUUAAAUUACCUGUUGCAGAAUGCCAGAGUUUAAGGAUUUUGGCGCGAUUUUUAAAAUUUGAAUUUUUUAUUGUGACAAAAUGGACUUAUACGGAUUUUAAUACAUGUUCGGCUGUCAAUACCGUACUUUACAACUUAAAAGCAUCAUUUAUAGUCAUUUGAUGCAGAAUGCAAAACGUUUUUUCUUCUUUGGCGGGGUUUUUGAAAUUUGAAUUUUUUGUUGUUAAAAAUGGUUUAAUCCUUGUUUCAGUGGAAUGGUUUUAUGUAACGUAUUUUACAACUCAAAAUUAUCAUUUAAAAUUAUUUGCUGCAAACUUCCAAGUUUUUAUAUUUUUGGCGGGAUUUUUGAAAUUUGAAAUUUUUCAGAAACAAAGAGGGUUAAGAUAAGAGUUUAGAGUAACAAACAUGAUGUAGGAUAAGAAAUUCACAUUGCAAGAUAUUUGCUUCAUAAUGCCAAGGUUUUUUUAUUUUCGGCGGAAUUUUCGAGAUUUGAAUUUUGUUUGCGCAAAACGGUCGAUUAUAGGUUUUUUUAUUGAAAAUUUUUAUCAAACCUCGUAUUUUAGAUUAAUUUAAUGUUUUUAUUUUGUACAAUUGAUAUGACAUUCUUUACAGCAAGGCCCGUAUACCAUGUCAAAGAGUCAAUUACAACCCCAAGGUCUCAGUCCAACAAAACCCCGCCUCAGCCGACUUCGUCGCCUCCUUCUCUGUAUCCUACGACUCGACCGACCUAAUUGAAAAGCUACACCAGCCCAAUCCAUCCUUCUUCGAGUUGCUAUCAUUUGCCGGCUACAAUCUGGCCUUAUGGUUCUGUAUCGGAUUCAUUUUGUACAUGUUCAUCAGGACAACAUGUUGCAGGUCGACUCAGAAGCAACACAAGGUGAUGCCAAGCCCAUCGCUAGUCCAAAGCGCGGCCAAUAGUCGGCCGAACAGUCAGGAGCAUAUGAUUGUGGGUAGGAACGUGCUGCCUCCGAUUGGCACGGCCAGGAGCAUUCAGGACUCAACUAAAGGUUUGGUUCGGAGUAUUGCGUUACCUUCAACUUCAUCGACGUGA